UUAACCCGGUCACUACGUUGCGAAGUUGUGGAGGGUUUUUGCGGUUGCCAUGGAUUUCUAAAAGCUAUUGACCGCGAUUGGGUCUCUGUGAGCGUCUUUGUAGGGGAAAAGCUAUUAUUUUUUUGAAAAGGGAAAGCGAUAGCAUCUUGGGAGAAACAGUCUCGUGUCAUUCCAGUUCCCCUGACCAAUUGCUCGCGUGUAGUUCCUCAGUAGUAGAGUUGAGGACCGGCUUCAAACGAAACCUGCCAGAGCAACUGAAGAAACUCUGCGGAUAGGUCCCAGGAGUCGUGCAUGGCACAGAGUGAGAUGAACUGAGGCUUUUGGCGGACAGCUACCUUCCACUUGCUCCUUCCCUGUACUCUGAGACAGCACCGCGUGUGUGCGCGUGUCACGUGUGUGUGCGUGUGUGUGUGUGUGUCUGUGUGUGUCUGCGGAAGCAUGAGGCGGUUGGGCAGGCCGGGCGUGGCCCUCUUCCUGGGCGUGGCCCUGUGUCUCUGUGGGACACCUGGCUCUGGUACUCUGGAUAUCCCACUGGAGGUUUUAAGUCGCAUGAACAUCGAGCAGCUCCCCACCAUCACAGAUCAGUCCCCCAGCACCAUGAUCGCCUUCCCCUUCGAUGAGAGUUACUCCAUGAAGUGCCAAGCCAAAGGCAACCCCGAGCCUGUGUUCCAGUGGAAAAAAAACGGGCAGGUGUUCGAUCCCUUCCAAGACCCCCGACUGCUCGCCGAGGAGGGCUCGGGGACCUUCAUCAUCCCCAACAGCGGGAAUCUCACCGAGUUCCAGGGCAACUACCGUUGCUACGCCUCAAACAAACUGGGCACGGCGAUAUCGGAGGAGAUCGAGUUUGUCGUGCCCCAUGUGCCGAAGUUCCCAAAAGAGAAAAUCGAUCCCAUCGUGGUGGAGGAGGGUCAGCCGGUCAUUUUGAAAUGCGACCCUCCCAAAGGGAUCCCCCCUCUGCAAAUCUACUGGAUGACGAUGGGCCUCCAGCACAUUGAACAGGAUGAGAGGGUGACCAUGGGCCUGAACGGAGACCUGUACUUCGCCAACGCCCUGCUGAAGGACAGCCGGACGGACUACUGCUGCUUCGCCUCCUUCACCAGGAUCAGGACCAUCGUGCAGAAAACCGCCAUGUCGCUGGUGGUGAAGAACACUGGGUUAGAUGGGGAAUCAGCAUCAGAUAGCAGUCGUGCCAAUUUCAUUCUGAAGAGCAAACCCAGUCUUUUGUCGCCCUCUGGUGACCGAACAUACACACAUCUAGUGAAGGGAGAGGAACUCCUGCUAGAGUGCAUUGCUGCGGGAUUCCCUACCCCGAAGGUGGAGUGGUUCAAAGUGGGCCACGGGCUUCCCGACCGGGCCAUCGUGGACAAUCACGGGAAGGUCCUGCGGAUCCCCGAGGUGCAGCAGGAGGACGACGGCCAGUACAAGUGCAAGGCCAAGAACUCCCACGGCGACGCCUCGCACUCCUUCCACGUCCUCGUGGAGGAGCCCCCGCAGUGGGUGGUCAAGCCCGAGAGUCAGCUGAAAGAGAUCGGCUCGAACGUGCUCAUCAAGUGCUCCGCCACGGGCAACCCCAAGCCCACGGUGUCCUGGAGUGUCAACGGCCGCCCGCUGAAAGACGUGCCGUCCGUCAACAGGAAGGUGUUCGAGGACAAGAUCAUCCUGCAGGGAGCCGGCGCCAGCGACAGCGCCGUCUACCAGUGCGAAGCCUCCAACAAGCACGGCGUCAUCCUGGCCAACGCCAACAUCAUGAUCAUGAACCUGCCACCGGUGAUUGUGACGGAGGACGGCCUACAGUACUCGGCGGUGCAGGGGAAGAGUGUGCUCCUCCAGUGCAAAACCUUCGGCUCGCCACCCCCCAGCACCACCUGGUACAAAGAAGACGCUAUGGAAUCGCAAAGGUUUCGCCUUCACACCAACGGCUCCCUGGAAAUCUUCAGGGUAGAGGAAGGCGACAUGGGAACGUUUUCAUGCACCGCCAAAAACAAGGAGGGCACAAGUGCCAUCACCGCCCUCCUGGACAUAAAAGAUCCCACCAGAAUACAGGACCCUCCUCUGGACCUGCGCAUCCUGAUUGGGACCACAGCCCAGUUUGCUUGUAAGGCGGAGUUCGAUCCCUCCUUCGAGCACGCCAUGGAGACCUUCUGGCUGAAAGACGGCAUGCUGAUGAACGACACUGAGGACAUGGGCUAUUUGGUGGACGACGGGGUCCUCCAGAUCGCCAACGUGAGCCACUCCGACCAGGGAAGAUACUCAUGUGUGGUCCGAAGCCCAGUGGACCAAGAUAUUGCGUCUGCACAUCUGAUCGUUCUGGAUGUCCCCGAUGCACCGGAGGACCUGAUGUUGUCCGAGCGCAGCGAAAAGAGUGUGAAGCUCAAAUGGAUCCCGGGGGACGACCACAACAGCUCCACCACCGAGUUCCUUAUCGAGUUCGAGGAGAGCCAGCGCGAGCCGGGCAUCUGGCGCCCGGCGCAGCGGGUCCCCGGCAGCCACACGUCGGCCGUGCUGAAGCUCCACGGCCACGCCGACUACCGCUUCCGUGUGUCCGGGGUCAACGACGUGGGCACGGGGCGGCCCAGCGAGCCGUCGGAGAACUACAAGACCCAAGCGCGAGCUCCUGACAAGAACCCCGAAAAUAUAAAAAUCGAAGGUCAUUUGCCACAUGAAAUGGAUAUCCACUGGGAGCCUCUGGCGCCGAUCGAGCACAACGGGCCGGGUCUGCAGUACAAGGUGAGCUACCGGCGGCAGGGCGUGGACGCCGACUGGCACGAGCACGACGUCAAGCGCCACUCCUUCGUGGUGAAGAACACGCCCACGUUCGUGCCGUACGAGAUCAAGAUCCGCGCCCACAACCAGAAGGGCUCGGCCCCCGAGCCCCGCGUCCUCGUGGGCUACUCGGGAGAGGACUUUCCAACUGCUGCCCCCAACAACGUGGCGGUGGAGGUGGUGAACAACACUCUGGUGAAGGUCAGCUGGGAGCACGUGCACAAGGACAAGCUGCAUGGCCAUCUGGGGGGCUACAGGGUCAACUGGUGGAGGCUUCGUAGUCUGCUGGACGCGAAGAAAAGCCACGGGGAGAAGCACACCCUGACAUUUCCCGGGGACAGGAACCACUCCAUGGUCCCGGCACUGAAGCCCUUCUCUGAAUACAGCCUAAUUGUUAUGGUGUUCAAUGGGAGAGGAAAUGGACCAGGCAGUCAUCCAGUCACCUUCAGAACCCCAGAGGGAGUUCCAGAGCAGAUCUCUGUGUUCCGGACUACUGAUGUCAGGAAGCACUCAGUGUCUCUGUCCUGGUCUCCGCCCGCAGAGCCCAACGGGGUUCUCACAGGCUACCUCCUCCAGUACCAGCUGAUUAACGACACGGAGGAGGUCGGGCCACUGGUUUCGGUCAACGUCAGCGACCCGGACGCUGGCAAGUGGCUGCUGCAGGACCUGGAGCCCCUGAGCAAGUACAAGUUCUACCUGCGGGCGUGCACCCGCCUGGGCUGUGGCCCCGUCGCCACCGAGGAGGGCACCACCACCCCCGAGGCCCGCCUGGCCAGCAUCCACGGCGGGAUCUCCACUCAGGGCUGGUUCAUCGGGCUCAUGUGUGCCGUGGCCCUCCUCACCCUCAUCGUACUCAUCGCCUGCUUCGUCAACCGCAACAAAGGAGGCAAAUACUCAGUGAAAGAGAAAGAAGACCUCCAUCCUGAUGUGGAGUCCCAGGGGAUGAAUGAUGACACCUUUUGCGAAUACAGUGACAAUGACGAGAAGCCGCUGAAAGGGAGCUUGCACUCGACCAGCGGGGACAUCAAACCGGCGGACAGCGGCGACAGCCUGGUGGACUACGGCGAUGAGGAGGCCCAGUUCAACGAAGACGGCUCAUUCAUUGGCGAGUACACCGGCCGCAAGGAGAAGCCAUCCACAGAGAACAAAGGAAACAGUCAAAGUACGGCGUGAGGUGUGCGUGUCUGUGUGUGUGAGUGUGUGAGCAAGUGUGUGUAUCUGUGUGUGUGUGAGUGUGUGUGUGUGCGUGCGUGCGUCUACAGUAUGUGUAAGUGGUGAAGGAACAACGCUGUUGAUGUUUAGGACCAGGGUUUCAUUCAAACAUUGUUUAUUUUGUUUGUUUGUUUUUUGGACAGGGAAAGGGUGGAAAAAUAAAUGACAUAAUCUAUUGGAAGCACAAUUUCAUGUGAAUAUUAAUGUAUUAUUGUUAGCCACACUGUCAUGCCCAUUUUACAAGGCUUAGUUUUAUUGCAUAUUGUUACUGAUCUGCCAUUUCCAAAUGUAUAUAUAUUCUAUAUAUAUGUGUAUGUGCGGGUGUUUUAUAUCACUGCAAAUCAGUCGAGAGUUCUCAGAGCUGCUGGCACUUGCUUUUUUUGUAAAUGCAGCUACUGUUUGUAAUCCUCCCAGGUGUCUGAGAGCCUUCUCGUGUCUGUGAGUGUUUUUCUUUUUUUUUUUUUUUUUUUUCAUCUUGUAGCAAGCAAGUGUUUGUGAAAAAAAAUGUUAUUUUUCAGUUGAAGCAAAUAUUAUUGACAUUUUAUAUUUCAGAUGCAUUCAUUAAAUGUGAUUUAAUAUGCAA